CGAUGUAAAGGAUUAUUAUUGGAUUUCUAUCACGUUUUGGGGAUUUUAUUUGUUUUUAUUUAAGUUUUGGUCUGCUGUUUCGCGUUGCAGACAGCAGAUCAAAAUGAAGUUGUUGGUGGUGUUUUUGCUCUUGAUGCUUUGGACCUGUGACUGUGCCAGAGUCGCAGAAACCCGAGACGACAACGACAGCGUGUAUGACCUUUUCGAGCUGGUCCAAGUGCCCAAGAAGAACCACGGCGUGACUCUGGUGAAGGGAGAUGAUCCUUACAGCCCUGCCUACAAAAUCCUCAACCCAGACCUCAUCCCUCCUGUCCCCGAACCUACUUUUAGGGACCUCAUAGACACCAUCCACGCCGACCGGGGCUUCCUGUUCCUGCUCAACUUCAAGCAAUUCAAACGCACCAGAGGAAGCCUGAUCACCGUGGAGAAAAAGGAUGGAUCCGGGCCAGUUUUUGAGAUCAUCUCCAACGGGAAAGCCAAUACCCUCGACAUAGUUCUGUCCACAGAGAACAAGCAGCAAGUGGUGUCCAUAGAGGAUGUGGAUCUGGCCACGGGGCACUGGAAGAACAUUACGCUGUUUGUACAAGAGGACAGGGCGCAGUUGUACGUAGGAUGCGUGGACGUGAACACAGCGGAACUGGACGCGCCCAUUCAGAGCAUCCUGACCCAAGACACGCCCAACCACGCCCAGCUGAGGAUCGGGAAGGGAGCAGUGAAGGACAGGUUUAUGGGGGUCCUCCAAAAUGUACGCUUUGUCUUUGGCACGACUCUGGAUGCCAUUCUCCGCAACAAAGGCUGCCAGAACGCUCUAACAAGUGACACUUUGCUUUUGGAAAACAUCAACGGAUCUUCUGCCAUUAGGACAGAGUUCACCGGUCACAAGACCAAAGACCUGCAGAUGGUGUGUGGCUUCUCCUGUGAGGACCUCAUCAGUAUGUUCAAGGAGCUGAAGGGCUUGGGCGUGGUGGUGAAGGAGCUCUCCAAUGAACUGCGCAGACUGACCGAUGAGAACAGGCUGAUCAACAACAGCAUUGGGAUCCACAGCGGCGUCUGCAUCCACAACGGCAUCGUGCGCAAGAACAAGGACGAGUGGACCGUGGAUGACUGUACUGAGUGUACUUGUCAGAAUUCGGCUACUGUGUGUCGUAAGAUCUCCUGCCCCCUGAUCCCGUGUGCAAACGCAACAGUUCCUGAUGGAGAGUGCUGCCCUCGCUGCGGCACACCGAGUGACUAUGCAGAGGACGGCUGGUCUCCGUGGUCUGAAUGGACGCAUUGUUCGGUGUCCUGUGGGCGGGGCAUCCAGCAGAGGGGGCGGUCCUGCGAUCGUAUCAAUAACAACUGUGAGGGCACCUCUGUCCAGACCAGAGACUGUUACCUGCAGGAGUGUGACAAGAGAUUCAAACAGGACGGCAGCUGGAGCCACUGGUCGCCCUGGUCCUCCUGCUCGGUCACAUGCGGGGCGGGCGUCAUCACUCGCAUUCGCCUCUGCAAUUCCCCCACUCCACAGCUAGGGGGCAAAGAGUGCGUCGGAGAGGGCCGCCAGACCGAGAAGUGCCAGAAGUCUCCAUGCCCCAUCAAUGGAGGCUGGGGGCCCUGGUCGCCGUGGGAUACCUGCUCACUCACCUGUGGGGGCGGAGUCCAGACCCGGAAACGCCUGUGCAACAACCCACCGCCCAAACACGGAGGAAAAGAGUGUGUGGGAGAGGCCAAGGACACUCAGAUGUGCAACAAGAAAGCCUGCCCGAUCGAUGGCUGUCUGUCCAACCCUUGCUUCGCUGGAGCCAAGUGCACCAGCUUCCCCGAUGGAACCUGGAAAUGUGGAAAAUGCCCCGCUGGCUACACUGGGAAUGGCAUCAAAUGUAAAGAUAUUGAUGAGUGUAAAGAAGUUCCAGACGCCUGCUUCGAGUUCAACGGCGUGCACCGCUGCGAGAACACCGAGCCCGGCUACAACUGCCUGCCCUGCCCUCCCCGCUACUCCGGACCCCAGCCGUUUGGCAAAGGCGUGGAGUAUGCCGCCGCUAACAAACAGGUCUGCACUCCUCGGAACCCGUGUCUGGACGGGAGCCACGACUGUAACAAGAACGCUCGCUGUAACUACCUGGGGCACUUCGCCGAGCCCAUGUACCGCUGUGAGUGUAAGCCCGGGUACGCUGGUAAUGGGCACAUCUGUGGAGAGGACACGGAUCUGGACGGGUGGCCCAACGCUGACCUGGUGUGUGUGGAGAACGCCACCUACCACUGCAAGAAGGAUAACUGCCCCAACCUUCCCAACUCCGGACAAGAGGACUACGAUAAAGACGGAAUUGGAGAUGCUUGUGAUGACGAUGAUGACAACGAUGGCAUUCCGGAUGACAGGGACAACUGCCCGUUCAUCUACAACCCGCGGCAGUACGACUACGACAGAGACGAUGUGGGAGACCGCUGCGAUAACUGCCCCUACAACAGUAACCCCGACCAGACGGACACAGACAACAACGGAGAGGGAGACGCCUGUGCGGUGGACAUCGAUGGAGACGGAAUCUUGAACGAGAAAGACAACUGCCCUUACGUGUACAACGUGGACCAGCGCGACACGGACUUGGACGGCGUCGGGGACAUGUGCGACAACUGCCCUCUGGAGCAUAAUCCUGAUCAGGUGGACUCUGACGAUGACCGCGUUGGGGACAAAUGCGACAGUAACCAGGACAUCGACGAGGACGGCCACCAGAACAAUCUCGACAACUGCCCGUACAUCCCCAACGCCAACCAGGCCGACCACGACAAGGACGGCAAGGGAGACGCCUGCGACCACGACGACGACAACAACGACGGUAUCCCUGACGACAAGGACAACUGCCGCCUCGCCUUCAACCCCGACCAGCUCGACUCGGACGGUGACGGCCGUGGAGAUGCCUGCAAAGACGAUUUCGACCAGGACAACGUGCCGGACAUUUACGACGUGUGUCCAGAGAACUUUGACAUCAGUGAGACGGACUUCAGAAAGUUCCAGAUGGUUCCUCUGGACCCCAAAGGCACCUCUCAGAUCGACCCCAACUGGGUGGUCCGGCACCAGGGCAAGGAGCUGGUCCAGACCGUCAACUGUGAUCCUGGCAUUGCUGUCGGUUAUCAUGAGUUCAACGCUGUGGACUUCAGCGGGACAUUCUUCAUCAACACAGAGAGAGAUGACGACUACGCUGGCUUCGUGUUUGGGUACCAGUCCAGUUCCAGGUUCUACGUGGUCAUGUGGAAGCAGAUCACCCAGACGUAUUGGUCCAACAAGCCCACCAAGGCCCAGGGCUACUCCGGUCUGUCCAUCAAAGUGGUGAACUCCACCACAGGCCCCGGAGAGCACCUGAGGAACGCUCUGUGGCACACGGGCAACACCCCAGGACAGGUCCGUACUUUGUGGCAUGACCCAAAGAACGUUGGCUGGAAGGACUUCACUGCCUACAGGUGGCACCUGAUCCACAGGCCCAGAACAGGGCUCAUCAGAGUUGUAAUGUAUGAAGGAAAGAAGAUCAUGGCCGAUUCGGGCAGUAUCUACGACAAGACGUACGCCGGAGGUCGACUAGGACUCUUCGUGUUUUCACAAGAGAUGGUUUACUUCUCAGACCUCAAGUAUGAGUGCAGAGAUGCAUAAACGCCGGGCGCAGGUUAGCUCUGAGGAAUGCACCUUCUUUUGUACAAAUUUGGAACUUUUGUUGAACUGAUGCAAAGUCCAGGGACCUAUUUUCAUCUCUGCCGCAGUUGUGUUUUAUUUUGAUUUGUUCCCUGCGCCCGCACGCUCGGACAGGACAGGGUGGCAAUGGAGCUGGUUCGGACCAAACUGCUAGCCCCUUUUUUAGUCUCUAGGGUAAAGAGAUCUACAACUCGGACAUUUUAACCCAUUCCUCUCCGGGUUGGACGGUCCCUCAUCAACUAUGCACUUCUCAACUUCAAAUCUGUUUUUCUAUGUGACUUCUGUACUGUUGAGACUGUUUUUCCAAAGAGAAAAAUGAUUCCUGCGUUUCAAUUGUAGAAUUCGAGAACUUUUAAGGAUGAAGAUGCAAAAAAAUACUUCACCAAGAUUUUUUUUUUUUUCCUUAUGAAAGUCGUGGUUUGGAUCAUGAAAGUGGUUGAAAGCAUUUACCCAGAAGAUGAAAUAUUGAGUGAUUUUGUAUAUACAGUACUGUGCAAAAGUUUUUGUAGGAGGGACGUGCAAUUUUAGAAUGAAAAUUUAAAUUCUGAGAAAAAAAAAAAGUUAAGUCAUUUAAGGGAUUUAAAACCAUCAUCAUCCUUUUGU